AUGAAUAAAGCUUUUGCAUACAUCAUUGCUGUGAGGGACAGAUUUCGUGAUGAACCUGCAAAAUAUCGACAGUUUCUAAGCCUCUUGCGUGAUCGUCGAGCUCGUAGAAUCGAUAAAGCUACUUUCUUUGUAGGGCUGGUGGAGCUCAUUAAAGAUCACUUGGAUCUGCUUCUUGGUUUUAAUGCCUUACUUCCAGCUAGGUUUCAGAUACCCAUCACACCAGCUGGAUUUCAAAACGUGGUUGGAAGAAGCGUACCACCGGAGACAACUAUCGAGGAUGCGACUUCAUACCUCAACUCUGUGAAGAGAGCAUUUCAUGAUGAACCUGCAAAAUAUGAGGAACUUCUUAAGCUCUUGAAUGAUAUUGAAGCUCGUAGAGUCGAUGCUGCUAGUUUCAUUGCAAGUGUGGAAGAACUCAUGAAAGAUCACCAGACUCUGCUUAAUGGUUUCAGUGUCUUCCUUUCAGCUGAAAUGAAGUUUAUCAGGAAGCUUAAGGCAAAGUUUCAGGGCGAUGGUAGUCAUGUAGCUGACUCUGUUCUUCAGAUAUUGAGAAUGUACAGUGAGGGAAACAAGUCCAAAAGUGAGGCGUUCCAGGAGGUCGUUCCACUUGUUCAGGAUCAUGAAGAUUUAGUCAUGGAGCUUAUAAAAAUUAUUUUCAGUGAUCCAUAG